UUUGGUGGUGUGACGGACUAUGCCAAGAUGGCGGGUGAAAGCCACGUUUUGAAAUACACUGUAUAUAGAUGGUCAAGUUACUCCUCAAACUACGUCCCCGAAAACAUUUACCAUGACCGUCCACAAGAGCAAUCAUCAAGGUGGUCAUCUGAUUCUAACAAUUCACCACAGUAUUUGGUGCUGAAAUUAGAGAGACCUGCCAUUGUUGAAACUGUUACGUUUGGUAAAUAUGAGAAAACCCAUGUGUGUAAUCUGAAAAAGUUUAAAGUGUAUGGCGGCCCAACAGAUGACCACAUGAUUGAACUUUUAGAAAGUGGUUUGAAGAAUGAUCAUGUACCUGAGACGUUUUAUCCUUUGAAUGAAAUAGAUGAUAAUCACUUCCCUGUAAGAUAUCUCAAAAUUGUUCCGUUGCAGGCUUGGGGUCCAAGCUUUAAUUUCAGUAUAUGGUAUAUAGAAAUCCGUGGCACUGAUGAUGCGGCUGCUGUUAAACCAUGUUUAAAUUGGUAUAAUAUGUACCGAGAACGAGAAGCUAUUCGUUUGUGUUUGAAAUAUUUUCGUCAGCAUCAUUACAAAGAAGCUUAUGAUGCUCUGCAAAGGAAGACAAAUAUUUCUCUUGAACAUCCAAUCUUGACAAAACUCCAUAAAAUCUUGGUAAUGCAAGGAGACUUUGACAUGUGUGAAAAAAUGAUUACCUGUGCCAGCAAAGAUGGUCUUUUCCACCAUUACAUAAGCCAGCAGGACUACAAACCAAAGUGGACACCUAUUGAACCGAUCAGUAAAGGUAAUAACACGACAUUUGAUCACCGGCCAGGUAUGCGAGGAGGUCACCAAAUGUGUAUUGAUCCUCUUACAGAGACCAUGUAUCUGUAUGGUGGUUGGGAUGGCAACCAAGAUUUGGCUGAUCUCUGGGCUUACCAUGUCCCUUCUCAAUCCUGGACUUGUUUAUCAAAAGAUACAGAAGAGGAGGGUGGCCCAAGUGCCCGGUCAUGUCAUAAAAUAUGCUUGGACUAUGAACGGAAACAGAUCUUCAGUUUAGGGCGUUAUUUGGAUUCCACUUUGCGUUCGGUUGAAAAUUUGAAGAGUGACUUCUAUAUGUAUGAUAUUACAUCUGGCAAGUGGACUUUAAUAACAGAAGAUACUUCUGCCAUGGGUGGACCAAAGCUGGUAUUUGACCACCAAAUGGCCAUGGAUAUCGAUGAACAGACAAUCUAUGUAUUUGGUGGUCGAGUUCUUACCAGUUCCGGUGAAGGAGAAAGAAGUCACGAACCCACCUUCAGUGGUCUCUUUUCUUAUCAUGUACCUACAAACACGUGGCGUAAGCUCCAGGAAGAUUGCAGUGAAGUUCGGUCACGCAUUGGUCAUUCAAUGUUAUUCCAUCCAAAAAAACGGUUGCUGUAUAUAUUUGCUGGUCAAAGAUCAAAGGAAUAUUUGAAUGAUUUUUUUACGUAUGAUGUGGAUUCCCACAGAGUUGAAGUCAUAACCGAUGGAACUCGCAAAGAUUCUUCACAAAUCCCAGCUGCUGGAUUCACACAGAGAGCCACUAUUGAUCCAGGCUUAAAUGAAAUUCAUGUAUUAUCAGGUUUAAGUAAAGACAAAGACAAAAGAGACAACGUGAAAAAUUCUUUUUGGGUCUACGACAUCGACAAGAACCGAUGGUCAUGUAUAUAUAAAAAUGAGAACACAGGGCAACAGUAUUGGAACAAGAUGCAGCAUGUGGAACCGGUUCCUCGUUUUGCACAUCAAUUAGUCUAUGACCACCACAGGAAGGUUCAUUAUCUAUUUGGAGGAAACCCUGGAAAAGACAGUCUUCCUAAGAUGAGGCUUGAUGACUUCUGGGCCUUGAAGUUGUCUCGGCCAUCUCAGGAACAUCUACUACGUAGGUGUAUAUAUCUUAUACGUAAAUACAAGUUUCAAGAAAUAGCUUAUGAUGACCCAGUAAAAGCAGUUACAUAUUUACAAACAGAACUAGCAGACAUGGUGGAUCAUACAGAUCCGGAAGAAACUAAACAAUUUCAGUUAUUGGCAUCAACAUUGUUCAAAGAUCAAUCAGAAGAUGAAGAGAUGACAGAGACUGAUGUGGAAGUAAGCAAACAUUUUCACAGUAGGACCCGACUGUUUGAUUUAUUGGUGAAUUAUUUCCCUGAAAAUAUGACUCAACCAAAAGGCAAUCUCAUCGAUCUGAUAACCCUCAAGUGACUGAACAGAUCCGUUUGAGCCGCCGCCGCCUUUUUUUUCCUCCGGCCUAACCACCGCCACCACUGCUGUUACUGCUGCCACCGUCGUUGUCAUCACACACACAGACACUCCUAUACAUACACUCAAACUUCUAGGAAAGUUGAGAGAGACCCAGUGAUGCUUCUCAGACAGUUCCUUCCUUCUUUCUAUCCUUGACUUUUGGGACAAUUAAAAGACACCCCCCCCCUCCAACAACCAUCAACAGCUGAAGUAAAACAGUUUAGAUUUAAAAAAAAGAAAAUUUUUAACUUAAUUUCUUUUUUUUUUUUUUUUUUUUUUUGUGUGCAUCUCUCAGUUUCUGAUAAGUGUAUGUUUUUUUUUUUUGUUCAAUGCACACUCACAACAUCAUAUACCCUCUUUAUGAACACCGGUGUGUAUAUAUACAGUCUGGAUGUGUAUAUAUACAAUUGAUGAAGGCUGUACGUUUGUGCAACUGUGAACAUAAGGAUUUCUGCUAUACAAUGACAAUUCUAUCUCAACCUCUCACACUUGUCAACAUCUUCAUCCAACAUCAAUGGUUUUUCAGUUCUCACCUCGUCUCUCUUUUCUAGUCUUCCUCUUUUGCCAUCAAACAGUUCAUUCUUUAUUGCCCUCUUCCUAGUCCAAAUACUAAUCACAAAAAAUAUGACCAUUUUUAUGGUUUCAAGUCAUAAAAAUCUUGAUUCUGUGGUGUUUUAUAAAUAACACAUUUUCUAAUCUUUUUCUUCUUUUCGUUGUUUUGACUUUCAUUAAUUUUUAUGAAAAGAAAAAAUGUUUAAGUUUCAGACAAAUUGUUAAGUCCAAGGAUGACCAACCUGGUGGAUUAUUGUUUGUAAUUCCAGGAUUGUCUUAAAAUCUUAUAAAUUAUGGAUUUCAAGAAAUUGUUUUUUAAAUAUAUUAAUGUUAGUGCUUGUUUGAUUGUUUGCAUUGUAUUAAUAUACAAUAUACUAAUAUUUAGAGAUAAGCAAGAGUAGUGUUCAUAUUACUCAGAGGUAAACAAAAUAUCAUUUUUUCUGAUUUUUAUUUCCUCCAUUAAUAUAUUUUUUUAUUUCCUCUGGUAACUUCCCAACACGUUUGGUCUCAUACUCUUUACUGAACAAUCUGUUGUUACUAAUAAUAUCUCUAUUACUACUACGUCAGCUUUCUUCUUUCACAACUGUUUUACUUCACCAAAUCCAUCUUUUGUCCCUCACACUCAACACACCACUUGUACAACCAUUCUCUCCACCACCCCUACUCCCCUCCCAGCCUUUCUCUCUGGUCUUGAUAAAAAUCUAUCCUUGUGUU